AUGCCAUCGGCCCAUUUCGCAGGCUCUCCUGGCGCCGCAAACGGCUCAGCGGCAGGCCAGCGUGGCCUGCUGCGGCUCACCAACUGCUCUGCCCUGCUUCCCGACGGCAGCCUGGCCCACGACUACACCCUUCUCAUCGACCGCGAUACGGGCAGGAUCGUCGACGGCCAGUCCGACUUCUACCACAACGGCCGCACCUACGCAGAGACAGUCGACCUCAAGGGCAACCUGCUCGUGCCGGGCUACAUCGAUGCCCAGAUCAACGGCGCCUACGGCGUCGACUUUGGACACUUUGACGAGUCGCUGUCCACCGGCGAUGCCCAGCGGCGGUACACCGAGGGCAUGGACCGCUUCGCCACGAGGAUCCUCGAGACGGGCGUGACGAGCUUUGUGCCCACCGUCAUCACCCAGAAGCCCGAGCUGUACCGCAAGAUCUUGCCCGUCCUCGCGCCUCGCAGCAAACCCGUCCACGCCCACUCGCUCGGAUUCCACGUCGAAGGUCCAUUCAUCUCGCCCUGCAAGAAGGGUAUGCACUCUGACCUGCUCAUCCGGUCAGCCGCCAACGGCAUCGCAGACCUCGAAGACGUCUACGGCUCCGGGCCGAGCGGCCUCGACAUGCGCGGCGUCAAGAUUGUCACGGUCGCGCCCGAGAUCGAAGGCGUGCUCGCUGCCAUUCCGGAACUGCGGAAACGCGGCUGCACCAUCUCAAUCGGCCACACCAACAGCGACAUCGAUACGGCAGUCGAGGCACACGACGCAGGCGCCAGCCUCAUCACGCACCUCUUCAACGCCAUGAGCGCCUUUAACCAUCGCGACCCGGGCGUCGUGGGGCUGCUCGGCCGGUCCAACCCGCCCGGGUCAAAGACCGCCGAUGGCCACGCGCAGAACGGCAAGCAGCGGGAAGAGUCGAGGCCAUACUAUGGCAUGAUCGUAGAUGGCUACCACUGCCACCCGUACUCGGUGCGGAUGGCCUACAGCUGCCACCCGAGCGGCUGCGUGCUGACGAGCGAUGCGGUGCCCUGGAUGGACCCGUCCAAGCCUGACGGCAUCUACCCAUGGCGAGAGGGGCAGAACGUGGCCAAGGUCGGCUUCAAGGUCGUCCUCGAGGGCACCGAUACGCUGGCAGGCAGCACGGUGCCGCUGUCCGAGUGCGUCAAACGACUUUCCGAGUACGCCUCGAUACCGCUGCACGAGGCGGCGGCGUGCGCCACCAUCCACCCGGCCAAGAUGCUGGGCAUCCAGGAUCGAAAGGGGCUGCUGCAGCCGGGCAACGACGCCGACCUGACGGUGCUCGAUGCACGGACUGGUGACGUGGUCGAGACGUGGAUCAUGGGCGUCCGAGCCUGGUCACGAGGAGAGGGUGCCGAGCAGAAGGUGUAG